CAAAUUGGUAAAUAGAUGAAUUAAUAAACAAAUAAAUGAAUGAAUGAAUUUUUUUUUAAUGCGAUACUUUAUAAAAUAUUUUACAAACUGAAUAUAUAUCGAGUGUUCAAUGGAAUUAUUGAUUCACUUUAUUUCUAAUUCAGACAAUCCUUCGAAUAUGCUCAACAACACAAUACAGAUACAUAAACGAUAAGAAUUAGGUUAUUGAAAAAAGAGAGAACAAACGGUAAGUCAAAUUUGGAAAUUAGUUUCAACAGAAAUGGAAACGAGCAUGACGUAUGAAUAAUAAUAUUAUUAUCAAUAAUGAUCCGAAAUAUUGGAGACAAUGCAUCUAGAAAUUCUGUACACAAUAAAAAUAUGACAAACUCGAUUAAGAUUGAUGAUGAAAUCAGUAGAGAGAAAAACGCGUCUAUUCAAAAAGUAUCCCUAACACAAUGUACAUCUAUGCUAGAUAAUGAUAAACUUCAUCCAAAGCCUAACAAACUAACAGUAACCACCUUUGAAUCAACCGCGUUUCAAAAUGAAUCGUUGAUGACACUUUCACAACACACUAAAGAAAACAGAAAAACACAUCAAACAACAACUGUGCAUACACCUAAUCUAAACGUAUUAACUCCAGAAAGGUUAAAUAAAAAUUGUGUCAAAACAGACGAUAGUUUUGAGUUAGCGCUUAUCCCUCUUUCAUUGUGUCAUUCAUCAAAUACACCUGAAAAUCUUUGCCUACCUCAACUAUCAUCGAAUACUUCAGAAAUACAGUUAAGUACGCCGCAUCCUGUAACAGUUCUCAAUAAUAAAUGUUUAAAAUAUUUAACGGAGGAAGAACACUCAGGGAAUACAUGCUGUUCACCGACACAAUCUGUGGAAUAUAAUAACUCACUCAGUGCUGCUCCAUCAUCACUUGUAUCAAGUGCCAUGGCGACAUCUUCAGAUGUUCAGAAUUAUCGAAGUAAGAACUCAGAAACAGAGUACUAUCACCAUCUAGACUCACUAACUCCUACACAGUCUCCCACUACUACAACAGCAGUAACGAAAACAGCAGUAAUGACAACGCUGACUACAAGUCAACCCAAUAAACACAUCUAUAAUCUAGACAGUCGUGACAUGUCAAAUCAUGCUUCUAUGAGCCAAAAUGAUCAUCUCAUUACAAAUGAGGAAUCAGUACAACCUGUUGACAGAGCAUUAUCAAAUCAUUCUACUUUUAAUGAUCAUAGAAGUAAUUUACUUACAUCGAGUGAAUGUCUUUCAUCUUCCUUAGAAAAUCAAAAAGUAGAUGACUUUGUCGCUAAUGCUAUUACUAAUAAUGGUAAUAAUAAUAAUAAUAACAAUAUGGGUAGUAAUUCAGAUUUUACCAAUCAUCGUGAUUUCCCACUCCGAUCACGUUCAUUUUUCCACUUACGUCGAUUAGAUUCACCAAAUUCAAUUGGAUCUAAUUCAACAAAACCUGCUACAGAUAUAUUAUCUUCACCUUAUGAUUAUUCGUCAUCAACAAAUCAACUGACUGUAAGAGUUUCCUCUUCACCGGUAUCUAUUUGUAGGGGAGAUCGUCAUUCCCAUUAUCAUAAUUAUCAUCGAUGGCAGCAGCAACAGCAACAACAUAGCUGUACUAGUAAUACUACUAAUAAUAGCAAUAAUAGUAGUAGCGCUGUGAAAAAUAAACACGGUAAAUGUGAUAAGCAUAUCAGUUCAGGGAAAUCUAUAGGCGUUAGAUCAUAUUCAGCUAUGAGACAUCCGAAUGGAUGUGAUACACGUGUGUUUCGUUCACCACUCGAUGUACUGGCACCUUGUAAAGGAAAACUUCGAGUGGACAUAGAAUAUCAAUGUAAUUCAAUCAAACUGCAUGUAAUUGAAGCUAAGGGUCUACGCGCUGCCAACAAUCAAAUGUGUAAUUCUUUUGUGAAAGUGAACGUAACACCAGAUAAAGAAAAUUCAUAUGAACAGAUAUCUGAAACCAUUGAAAACUCGACUACACCUUAUUAUAACAAAGAAUUUUCGCUGGAUUUAAACAAAAUCAAAUAUGGAAGAAGAAUUUAUUUUGCAAUUUAUGUUAUUUCUCAUGAUAAAACGGAAAGUGAGUUUGUGGGUGGAAUGUCUUUUGGAAUAGCCAGUAUACAAAAUAAGAAACAUAUUUCAGGUUGGUAUUAUUUACUGGAUGAAAAAAUGUACCGGAAAAAGCACCUGAAAACUGCUCUUGAUCCUGCUGCCAACAAUUUAGAGAAUACGCUAUGUGCAAAUAAUGAGCAGUUGACAGCGCAUACAUGCCACACAACAAAUACACCAUCGUCAGAGGUGAUAUCAGCUAAGCCAACUACACCGACAUCAGCAUCAGUAGUAUCAGUAGCCGGAUCAACAAUCAAUCAAGAACCAAUAUGGUGGAACUAUUCAAAUUAUCAACAUCCAAUGAAUAAUGAGUUGAACAAAACAGUGUCCAACGAAUUACAUCUUGUAGAAACUUCGGAUACUGUUCACACCAACAAUAAUAAUAGUAAUAACAAUAACAAUAAUAAUAAUGGUAAUGGUGUUAUGAAUGACAGUUUUUGUAAACAAUUACACACCGUUGUAACACCUGCCAACUUCAUGAUUUAUUCACAGAAUCUACCGAAUACAACGUUGAGCUAUCCGCCAGUCAUAAGCUCUGAAAUAAAUGCGUAUUUAAGUCAAAUGUCGUCACCACCUGUCUCUACACGUGUGAAUAUGUCCAUACCGAAUACUAAUAAAGCGCUAAGUAAUAUGCGCAUUUUUCAGUUUAUUAUUCAAAAAGGUUCUAAAGGGUUUGGAUUCACUUUAUGCGGCAAUUGUCCUGUUUAUGUUAGUCAUGUUGAACCUGGUUCCCCAGCAAUGAAGUGUGGAAUACAAGCUGGAGAUUUUAUCGUUGCUAUUGACAAUUUGAACGUAUCAAGAUCUACAAGUGACAGUGUUGUACGUAUGUUUAGAAUGUCUCAGCAUCCAGUUCACAUUACUAUAUCACGUCCAGUUAUAAUGAAGUCCAAUUUAUCUACGCUGAAUAAUGCACCAUCAACUAGUGGAAAAUCUUUAAGCAGCUUUAUAAAUAAAAGUUGUUUCUCUGCACUUAAAAAGUCUUCUAGUGAAUCGACAAAGUUAACUCAACUCACUAAUAUACUGAAUUUAAAUCAAACAGUGUCUCCACCUUCUCCAGGGAAUCCUCAACACCAUUACUACUAUCAACAGCACCAACCACUUCAGUUAGAGGCAACAUCUUUAUCGUCAACAACAACCCCAUUGCAAAACUGUUGUCCUUCCAUCGACCAAUCAGCAGUCAGAUUAUCUGGUUGCCUUACAUCUCCGAAUUUAUUACGUCAGUCAAAUUCGCUUAAUUGUUCAUCAUCAAUGAGUAAUAUCAACAAUAAUUGCACAACAGGGGAAUUUACAGCCUCACAAACUACUUCUCCUUUACAUCAAACAAUGACGAACAAGUGUUUUGUAAGGACAGACUUAAACAAUUUGCAAACUGAUCUACAAUUGGCUAGUACUCUAUCAUAUCCACCACUUUCUUCCAUCCCUGUUUACCAUUUUCAUCAGAAGCAGCAACAAAAUCCUUUUCAUGGGCAACUGCAGCAGCAGCAGCAGCGACAACAACUACAGAAGAAGGUGAAUAGUCCCAGUAAGGUGACUGAAAGUGAAACUUCGUGUAGUGAUAAAGCACAAAAUGAACAAAAAAGUAUUGGACAGUCAAUUCAAAACCGUGAGCAUUUAACUGAUCCAAAAUGUUUACUACAACACAACCAACACACUGAUACUAUGGAUAAAUCAGAAUUUCAUCAGAUUCAACAUUUUCUUCCACAAAAUGAAAAUCUACCUGGUAAUACAAGCCUUUAUAAUGUCAGUACAGCAGAACAAUCAGGAUAUCCUACUCCUCACCAUCAUCAUCACCAUCUCCUUCAGCAACACCAUCAUCAUCCACAACAACAACAGAUGUUAAUGACAAUGAUGAUGACAGCGACAACAACAUUUCCAGGAAUUAAUCAAUAUUAUUAUUCAAAUCAAUCAACUGGAUAUUUAGAACAUCAUGGUUGGUUAAAUCUUUUAGACACUUGUGGAUGGAAAAAAGUUGAACUGUUACUAUUUCCUGAUCUAUUAUUGAUUGCACAAAAAAAUUCUAGCGGUUAUUUCAAUGUGAUUAAAGAUCCUAUAUAUAAUACAAAAAUAUCCUAUAUUAACAUUCCUCCGUAUGCUUCAGAUCAACUUAUCCUGCAAUAUUUGACUGAGGAUAAUCGUAAACAGAUUGCACAUUUUCAAGGUUCAGAUGUUCACGAGUGGUUAGUUCGCAUACAAAGGCAUAUGGUAUAUAAUGGAAACUGGUGGAUGGGUGGUAAAUGACCAUCAACGGGAUUACAAUCGUGUUUAUUUUAUUAUAUAAAUUGUUUGUUCUACUUACUAAGAAUUCAGUAGUUCAACAUUUUGUCAUGAAAAGAUUCUCACAACUCAAAAUAUGUUGUGAAAAUGAAUUAUUUUUUGUAAAUUAUGUACCAUAUAAUUUUUCUUUCCAGCUAUUCGUUUUCUCUGCUAUGUAUGGCCUUACUCAUGCAAUCAUUGUAUUAGCUAU